AAAGGAUCCGGCAGUGGUUGGCAACAGUGCAGGCAACCCACACUUUGGUGCUAGAGCAACUCACUGCCAGCCUGGAGGCUCUGAGGGAGGAGUGCCGUCAAACAGCAUCAGCCAGUCAAGCACUGAUCCGAUCCAACCUGGACCAGAUAAUGUCCUCUCACUGCUUCCUGGAGGAGAAAGUUAAAGUGUGUAUAUGUGAAGAGGCAGAGAAAGUGUGCGGUGAGGCUGUAGCACCUUACAUGACCUCCAUCCUUGAAGCACUAACAGAAAACAUAAGUGCAGGGAUUCAGGGGAUGCAACGCACGCUGCACACACAGAUGGACUCGGCCUUCACACACACAAAUGGAGGGACAGAAGAGAUGAACAAGGCCUUGUCCACUCUGCGCUCCAUCAGUCUGGAUAAGUGCUACAGGCAGGUGGAGAACAUGACAGAGAAACUUGAAGGCCUUAAACAGCGGUUUGGACUAAGCAGCACUCAGAGACUGGUUCACUCUGCACAUCUGGAGAUGGAGGAGCUGUUGGACAGCGCUGUGUACACCUUGGAGCUGUUCCUUCAAUCAUCAGCCAGACUGCAGCCCUCUCAGAUUCCCGUCAAGAUGGACAGAGCUAAAGAGAGAGUCCUGAAGCAGCUGGACUAUGACAGCAGAGUUGUUCAGAGGAGGCUCUAUCAGGAAGCUUUAUUGGAGAUCACUCUGCCAGCUCUCACCAAGAGGAUGGACAGCAAGUGGAAAACUGAGCUGCAGCAGUUCGAGCAGUACAUCUUCUCAGACUACAGCAAUUUCAUCCUGGUUCACAAUGUCUAUGAUGAUGUGCUGAGGAACAUCCUCAGUAAGGAGAUAGAGACAGCGGUCCAAGAAGCUGCCAGUAAGAAGAGCAACAAUCUUUUAUUGGACACUUCUGAUCUGGCCAUUAGUCAGUACAGUCUGCUGGGGCAUACGCCUCCUCGCUCUGCACCAGACAGCCCAGCCAUUCACGCACGAGACUGCUCCUCAGCAGCAGCCAGUGAAGAACCUGCUCCUGCGGUGGAGGAGGGAGGUCAGAUGGUCACAGCUGACGUUUGCCUUCAGGGUGACACUGAUGUCAAAUCUGACCCCAGUACCACUCAAAGUUCCGAGCAGAGCAUGCCGCUUCUGUCUCCUGUGAUCAUCGUGACCCAACAGUUUGACGAAUCAUCCACAGAGGAGGCUUCUUGCUUCGAGGAAACCCAAGAGGAGGUCCAGCUUGGAACUGACACGCCAUCAAUUACAGCAGGGUCCAACUCAGACACGCCAGACUCUGAGGCAGCUAUUACACGUGAAGCUGGCUACAUCUGGAUGCACCUUGCCUAACCAGAUUACACUAAUCCUGUGCCAGGACUCUCCCGACCUUUUCCAGUGUCCACUCUGUCCUCGCUGCAGUCCACAGAUGUUCCAGCUGAGUGCGCCCAAAGUGAUCGAUCUGCCACGCCUGAAAAUUCUUCCACACCUGACCUCUCAACCUCGGAUCAAAUAACAGAAGACACAGCGUCUGUCCAGCUUCCCUGCCCCUCCUCGCCACACCCACCUAGUACAGAUGGUCCAAUGAAAAUCAGCCUCCUGUCACUGAGCGAGGCUAUCGGUUGCAACUCCGCAGCACCUUCUGUACAGCAGACAAUGGCACAGCAGACCACUGACAGAGCUGUCUACCUGACGGGAGAAAUAAAGGACAACUGGGAGGUGGAGAGGGUAAAAGAGGA